AUGGCCUCAGAACUCACCGACCACGACCAGAACGCGUCGCCCUCGCUCCACGACGACGGCAAUGGCUCGCUCGGCGCUGCCGACUCGAACCGCGGCACCAAGCGUCCGCGACCAGCCGCCGACGACGACGACGACGAUGAUGACAAGCCCGGUCGCGAGCGUAGGAAGAUUGAGAUCAAGUUCAUCCAGGACAAGUCGCGUCGGCACAUCACCUUCUCCAAGCGCAAAGCCGGCAUCAUGAAGAAGGCUUAUGAACUGUCCGUCCUGACUGGCACCCAAGUCCUGCUGCUCGUCGUGUCCGAGACGGGCCUCGUCUACACUUUUACCACGCCCAAGCUGCAACCGCUGGUGACGAAACCCGAGGGCAAGAACCUCAUCCAGGCCUGUCUAAACGCGCCAGAGCCCUCGAGCGGCGAUGCCAACGGUGUCGACGCAGACAACUCGGUCGAGUCGCCCGAGGACAACCAUGCGCAGGUCGCGCCCGGCCAGCCACGCGGAAUGCCGCCCAACAACAACGCCAUGCCCCAGGCCUACAUGACGCCCGAGGCUGCCCUGCACUACCAGAGCUACCUCCAGCAACAGCAGCAGUCGAACCAGUACCCAAUGGCACAGCAAGGCAUGCCCCGCCACCCAGGCGGCCAUUAUCCCCAAGAUCAGAAGCUAGGCUAA